AUUGAAUCAUUUAUCGUUGGGAUAGAUAAAGACCUGUUUUUUAGUGAUAUCUUGAUUUGUUUACGUGCCAAAAGAUACUCUUGUUAUCUUCAUAUUUGCUAAUUUUUUCUUUGUUACUAACUUUUUUUUUUUUUCAUAUUUCCAUUCUUUACUGAAAAACAGAACUAUUCUACAUUAUGGAUGAUUUAGAUAUAGAUGAUUACUCAAGAGACCGUUCCCGUUCUCCAGUGAGAGAUAGAUCUCGUUCACCUUCGGGAUCAGCCCCUGCACAAAGGGAUACCAAUUCUGCAUAUUCCAGAAGAGACUAUGGUUAUUCUUCAUCUAGAGGAAGAUAUGGUAAUAGUCGUGAAUCUUCUUAUGAUAGAAGAGGAACCAGCGGAUAUUCCAGAAAACAUACUUCAUCGCGAGGCGGAAGGGGUGACUAUGGCUCAAGAAGAGGUGGAUACGGAGGAUCAGCUCCUAGUCGUUACAAUAGCUCUUAUUCAGAAGAAUAUCGUAGUAAAACAGAAAGAAAUUAUGAUAACUCUAUAUUCAUAGGAAAUAUUCCAUUCACUUGUACAUCAAAAGAUGUUGAAGCCAUAUUCAAAGGAGAUUUCAAAAUAGUGAGGGCUGACAUUGUUACUAAUAGAGGGCAAUCCCGUGGUAUGGCAACUGUGGAAUUUAGUAAUAAGGACGAUGUACGUGAAGCAAUUGAUAAAUAUGAUCACUAUGAAUACGAAGGACGAGAAAUAUUUGUGAGACAAGAUUAUCCGCCACCAAAUGAAAAAAAGAAGGACUAUGUUUCAUCAUCAUCAUCAUCAUCAUCAUCAUAUACUCCAAAUAACUCCAGAGAUAGAAGAACAACAGGAGCACCACAAUCUGGUGGUAGAGAAAGAUCACAACAGCAACAACAACAAUCCAUACCAAAACCAGGAACCGAAAUAUUUGUUGGUAAUUUACCAUUUUCCAUAAACUGGCAAGCUUUGAAAGAUUUAAUGCGUCGAGCCGGAGAAGUUGUUAGAGCUGACGUUAGAACUGACAACUGGGGUAAAUCCCGUGGAUUUGGUACAGUUGUAUUUUCUACUGAAGAAGCUGCUGACAAGGCAGUCAAAGAAUUUCAAGGAUUCGAAAUUGAAGGUAGAAAACUUGAUACUCGUCCAGGUCGUACUUAUGCAAAUGCUGUUUCUAAUAAUAGAGAUCGAGAUCAUUAUGGUGGAUCAGAUUCAAACGGGUCUAAAUUUUCUAGUUCCCGUGCUAGCUCUAAACCCGUAAGUAAAAAUACUCCAUUCACCGAAGGUGUUACUGGUGACGGUGAAAUUUCAGCUACCAUUUUUGCUUCUAAUUUACCAUUUGUUACUAGUGUUGAUGAUUUAUAUGAUUUAUUUGAAACAAUCGGUAGAGUAACAAAGGCAGAAAUUCAGUAUACUCCAGCCGGUAAACCUUCUGGUAAUGCCGUUGUUGAAUUUGAAUUAGAAGAAUUGGCCGAUUUAGCAAUCAAAAAUUUAGAUAAUUAUAAUUAUGGUGGCAGAGAUAUUAAGAUCGCUUAUGCAAAAAAACCCACUACUAAUAAUGAACAAUCGAAUGACGCUGAAGAUAUCGAGAUCGAUGGUGAACCCUCAACCAUCCAAGACGAUUCUGCCAACUCAAAAGAAGAAACUGAGCCAGUAGAUCCUACUCCCUCUGAAAAUAUCCCUACUGACGAUAUCCCUACUGAAGCUAUUGCUACUGAAGAUGCUGCUCAAGACGUCGCUCAAGACGUCGCUGACGAUAUCGCUGAAUAGAUAUACCGGCCCUCCAGUACAAUUCAGACCUUUACUCUUUCUUUUUUUUUCAUUCUCUAAGUUUAAUAAAUAAAAGUUCAUACUAAUUUUUCCUCCUCUUUUUUUUUUUUUAGAAAAAAG